GUUCAGUUCAUUAGUCAGCCAUUUUGGUCACCACCCUGCUUACUGCGCACAACCAAUCCUGUCAGAACUCAGCAUCCCCGCUCAUCUGAGCUGGUUCUGGAAGUGCUCUCUGCAGUUGAGGAUUUCUUUUUAAGCUAAAUUGAAAAUAUUGGGGGGUUUUUUGUUCAUUGUUUUUCUUUUGUAUUUUCUUUGCUGCACAAAGAAGGAUUUUUCACUUAUACAUGCAGAGGCCAGUUUUUUUGAAGCCAGCUAAGGCGGCUUCAGCUGUGCAGGAUUUGAAGCCUAUAGCUCAGCUGAAUGAGAAGGGGGUAGGGAAGGGGAGAUAAAAGGCGAGAAGCUGGGCGAAGACGAGCAUCAUUUUAUUUUGCUAUGUGGUAGGAACUGUCUAUGAGAAAAGAUAGUAGAGAAUUGUUUAUCUUGAAUAGUUGGUUCUUAAACCAUAAGAUAUUUUUCCUUGUGUGUGUGUGUUUUUGAACCUCCCAACUCCUUUUCUUAAGAGCUUUGUUCCAGAGCUUUGGAUUUGGGGGUUAUUGGUGAGGCGGUUUUAUUUAUUUUUGUUGGGUGUGUGUGUUUGUGUGUGUGUGUGUGUGUGUGUUGGGGUCCCAGCUGAGUCAUCAUGUCUGCUUUGACGCCUCCGACCGAUAUGCCAACCCCCACCACUGACAAGAUCACACAGGCUGCCAUGGAGACCAUCUACCUUUGCAAAUUCCGAGUGUCUAUGGAUGGAGAAUGGCUCUGCCUGCGAGAGCUGGAUGACAUCUCACUUACGCCUGACCCAGAGCCUACCCACGAAGACUCUUGGGAGGAUUUGACAGAUUUGGUGGAGCAAAUGCGCGAUGAUACAGAAGAUCCUAAUUAUCUCAUGGCUAACGAACGCAUGAACCUGAUGAACAUGGCAAAGCUGAGUAUCAAGGGUUUGAUCGAAUCAGCCCUGAACCUGGGGAGAACUCUGGACUCAGACUACGCCCCUCUGCAGCAGUUCUUCGUGGUGAUGGAGCACUGCCUGAAACAUGGCCUGAAAGCUAAGAAAACUUUCCUUGGACAAAAUAAAUCCUUCUGGGGGCCUCUAGAACUGGUAGAGAAACUUGUUCCAGAAGCUGCAGAGAUAACAGCAAGUGUUAAAGAUCUUCCAGGACUUAAGACACCAGUAGGCAGAGGAAGAGCUUGGCUUCGGUUGGCAUUAAUGCAAAAGAAACUUUCAGAAUAUAUGAAAGCAUUGAUUAAUAAAAAGGAACUUCUCAGUGAAUUCUAUGAACCAAAUGCCCUCAUGAUGGAAGAAGAAGGAGCCAUAAUUGCUGGUUUGUUGGUGGGACUGAAUGUCAUUGACGCUAAUUUCUGUAUGAAAGGAGAAGAUUUGGACUCUCAGGUUGGUGUUAUAGACUUUUCUAUGUAUCUCAAGGAUGGGAACAGCACUAAAGGUAGUGAAGGAGAUGGCCAGAUUACUGCAAUUCUGGACCAGAAGAACUAUGUAGAAGAACUCAACAGACAUCUGAAUGCUACUGUAAACAACCUUCAGGCAAAAGUGGAUGCACUAGAAAAAUCCAACACCAAACUGACAGAGGAACUUGCGGUUGCAAACAACAGGAUCAUUACCUUGCAAGAAGAAAUGGAACGAGUUAAGGAGGAAAGCUCCUACAUAUUGGAAUCCAAUCGAAAGGGUCCUAAGCAAGACAGAACUUCAGAAGGGCAAGCUCUAAGUGAAGCAAGAAAGCAUUUAAAGGAAGAAACACAAUUACGACUGGAUGUUGAAAAAGAACUGGAGGUCCAGAUCAGCAUGAGACAGGAGAUGGAAUUGGCUAUGAAGAUGCUGGAGAAGGAUGUCUGUGAGAAGCAGGAUGCCCUGGUGUGUCUGCGGCAGCAGCUAGACGAUCUCAGGGCUCUCAAGCACGAACUUGCCUUCAAGCUUCAGAGUUCAGACUUAGGGAUGAAGCAGAAAAGUGAACUAAACAGUCGCUUGGAAGAGAAGACCAAUCAGAUGGCUGCUACCAUUAAACAACUGGAACAAAGUGAAAAGGAUUUGGUGAAACAGGCAAAGACCUUAAAUAGUGCAGCAAAUAAAUUAAUCCCAAAACAACAUCAUUAGGCAUUUUGCAGUGGGUCACCUCGCAAGUCUGAUGUCACUUGAUUAUAAAAGGAAGAAAUCUGAAAUCUGUUAUAUUUAGGCUCUGAUUUAUAUAAAACAUCACCAAAAAUAUGACUUUGAAUUUGUUGGACUUAAAAAAAAAACAGCCUGAUAUAUAGGCUGUGUUUUUUCUUCUUUAUUUUCUCCUCAGAAUUAGAAAAUUUAGUAUAAGUUCUUAAUUAAAUGCCAAAUAAACUUUGAGAAAUUACUUCUGAGUUGACCAAUAAAUAACUAUUCCAUUUAAAAAAGAAGCCUAGGGAAUUGAAGCUUUGUAUAUAUGUUACUGAUGCCUUUACAACCCAGUCCCUGACUAUCAGAUUCCAGCUGCAUUUUCUGUGUCAGCGAGCCUGUCCUGCCCUUGCGAUGUAGUGAACUAGAGGUGACGACCAUAUGGACUUGGACUCUUCCAAAGUAGUUCUGUGUCUCUUAGGCCAUGACCUGACCCUUUUUCACUUUUGUUAUAUAGGUUUAAUUCCCAAACCAGAAUAAGUACUUAGUAUUUCACUACAGUCCUAUUCUCAGUAACCAAGAUUGCUUGUAACUUUUUUGCCUUAGUGACUUUGGGGGUGGGAAAACAGCAUCCUUACAUUUCUUUAAAGUACAUAGAAAUAAAGUUAGUGGUUAGGUAGCUUAUGGUAACAUAAUGACGUGGAAGCUUGGGAAAACCCUCCUAAUAUUUGUCACCUUCUACCUCUGCCAUUCUUCUGCAAUUCCACUUCCUAUUUAGGUAGUUCAGAGAGAACAGUUUUCAUAAAAAUACUUCUCUCCUAUUAAAAAAAAUACACUACACAUUUUUUAAAUCUAUCCCACUUUUCCUUUUGGAGUAAAGUAGAUGAGGUAUUGACAUGAGUGAUGGUUUCCUACCUGUCAUUCCGUGCUAUUAACCUUUUCUUAAGAGUUUCUGUUACUUUUUGUUUAAAUGGGGGUUUGCUAAAGUUUCUAGGAAACUAACAAUCUAAUUAUUAGGAAACUAUUCCAGAGUAGGAUAUAGAGAAAUGGUAAAUAUUCUUUAUUAUUAUUUAGUCUAAGAAUAAAGAUUCACAAUAGAUACCUGCAAACACUAAGUAACAGGGCCUCUCUCUCUUAAGUGACCACAGGUUUAACCCUUUCUAGACUUUACAUUGUAACUAAUCCUAUAAAUAACAUGAUUUUUUAAAAAUGACUUUUGAGUUGGGGGGACAGGCUUUACAUAAUAAGCCUUUAUUUCCUGAAAAAGUCAUGGCAGUUUCUUUUCCUCCUUUUUCAUUCUGGUAUUAUUUCCAGCAUUUCAGCUGCUUAGGUUGGGACAAAGGUAACCCCUUUGCUUCCUGCUCCUGAAAUUCUGUACCUUCUUAGAAAAAUCAGAAUUAAGAGAAUAAGAUAGAUUUCAUGUAUGCUUUGAUAGGUCCUUGCAGACUUGAACCAAAGUCAAGUCGAAGAGCAAGCACAUGACCAAUCUCAUGGAAGAUCUUCUGCUCUUCAACUUAUUUUAUUUAUACUUUUGCACCUAUUUUUAUCUUCAUCAAUGUGUUGUGGUGACUUGCCUUUUCUAUGAGCAUUUAGAAGGAAUGCUCAAACACACACACAAAAAAACAUUUUAAAGACUACACAUAGCAUGCUUCCAUAUUCUACUUUAUAGAGCCCUGGAUGUUUCACCUCUUAGCACAUGCUUCUUUAAAUAGGUGCAAAAUGAUAGGAAAUAAGGAAGAAAACGUUCGUCAGAGUCUCCCAGAGAUUAUGGUCAGGAACCUUACACAGACCUAUGCCGAAUUGUUUGUCCACUACUCACACACCACUGGGUAGGAAAAGAAAAUGAAAGAUAUGGCCAAACUCUAACGAAGGCUUCUGCUAAUAUAAUAACCCAAAGCCUGGGUAAGGAUUGAUGUAUAAUGUCCAGUGAUUUAAUACAAUUGGUGGUUUAGGGGAAGGACCAGAAAAAUAUUCUGAUUUCAUAUAUAUGAGAAGGUAGUUGCCCAUUUACAAGUUCCAGUUAUUUGUAUAAAACAGAAAUAUAAAGAACCAACUGGUUUUUCAAACCAAUUAGAAAAUAAAAACAACAAAAAAAGUGGAUUUGACUUUAAUUACUGUGUGCUUAAGGUUGGCUUUGGAUAUGGAUUUUCUAAAAAGUGAUGUUUUGUUGUUAAUCAUCUAAUGGCUGUAAACUGUAGUACUAGAAUAAAAAAAAAAUGGAAAAUCA